GGCCCCAACGUUGGUACCAACGUUGGUCGGUUAAGUUGGUGAAGCGUCCACACGUUGGUUAUUAUACUAGUUCCUUUCUGUCAGAGCCAAUGUGAAGAUGUCCGACACCGAAACCGAAAUCGCUCUAAGCGCUUUUACAGUACUGAUGAGUGCGUAUAAUUUAUAUUUGUUAUUGAAAAAAAAGAAAAACCCACGUCAAAGGAGACGGUGGCUGACAACGCAUCAUAAAACUCGGUACCAUUACGAUGGAACUCGAUUGCUAAAUAAUUUGAAUCAAGAGCCCUCAGGACAGUUUGAUAACUUUUGUCGUAUGUCUUCAAUAGACUUCGAAUACCUGUUACAGUUGAUUGGACCAAGAAUAAAAAAGCAAGAUACGGUAUUCAGAGAAUCGAUACCAACUAACGUACGCCUUGCUGUGACACUCAGAUUUUUAGCAACUGGAAAUUCAUUCAAAAGUCUUCAUUACUUAUUCAAGGUUUCCCCACAAGUUAUAUCACUGUCUGUAAAGCGCUAUGUGAGGCAUUGCGUUCUUUUGUAAAGAUGUCUCCAAAUGAUCAGGGAUGGCUUGAAGUUCCUAGAGGCUUUGAAACAAAAUGUCAAUUUCCACAUUGUUUGGGUGCUAUAGAUGGCAAACACAUAAAAAUAGAGUCAUCUAUUAAUAGUGGAUCAGAGUUCUAUAACUAUAAACACAAUUUCAGUAUAAUAUUACUAGCAGUAGCUGAUAGUGAAUUUUAUUUGCCGACGUAGGAACACAUGGACGAAUGAAUGACGCUGGAGUUUUUCAUGAUAGCAUACUUUAUAACAAAAUAUAUGGUUCCAAUUCCCAUUUUCCGGAAGACACUUCUCUACCUGACCGACAUCUUCCUGUGCCCUAUGUUUUUGUGGCAGAUGCAGCUUUUAGAUUAUCUAGAAGAAUCAUGAAACCGUUUUCUGGCACACCGGCAGCUGGCUCAGCAAAUAGAAAGUUCAAUAGUCGAAUU